AUGAGAAAUAGAAAUAAUGUCACUGUGUUUAUUCUACUGGGAUUUUCUCAAAAUAAGGAGAUGGAACUCCUCUGCUUUGUAUUAUUUUUAUUUUGCUAUGUUGCUAUUUGGCUGGGAAAUGUGCUCGUAAUAAUUUCUAUCACAUGCACACAGCUAAUUGGCCAACCCAUGUACUUCUUCCUCAGUAAUCUGUCGCUCUGUGACCUUUGUUAUACAUCCACAGUGACACCCAAGCUAAUGGCUGACUUACUGUCAGAAAGAAAGAUUAUUUCUUACAAUAACUGCAUGGUGCAGCUCUUUCUCAUUCACUUCCUUGGAGGCAUUGAGAUCUUCAUCCUCACGGGGAUGGCCUAUGACCGCUAUGUGGCCAUCUGCAGGCCACUGCACUACACUGUCAUCAUGAGCAGGCAAAGGUGCACCUCCAUCAUCGUAGCGUGUUGCACUGGGGGCUUCCUGCACUCUGCCAGUCAGUUCCUUCUCACCAUCUUCUUACCGUUCUGUGGGCCCAAUGAGAUAGAUCACUACUUCUGCGAUGUGUACCCUUUGCUGAAAUUGGCUUGCACGGACACACACAAUGUUGGUCUCUUAGUCACUGUUAAUUCGGGUCUGAUUGCCUUGGUGACUUUUGUGAUUCUGAUGGUGUCUUACCUUCUGAUACUGCACACCAUUAGGGCUUACCCUGCUGAGAGCCGGUCCAAAGCUUUCUCUACAUGCAGUUGCCACGUAACUGUUGUGGUGUUGUUCUUCGUGCCCGUACUCUUCAUUUACAUCAGACCAAGCAGAACGUUCCCUGAAGACAAAGUAUUUGCUCUUUUCUAUACCAUCAUUGCCCCUUUGUUCAACCCUCUGAUUUACACCUUAAGAAACCUGGAAAUGAGGGCUGCCAUUAGGAAAAUGUGGCAUCAUCAAAAUCGCUUGGAAAGGAAGCAAGUACUUUGUGAGCCAAUGUAG